AUGAACUUUCCAAGUUUAAUGGUACUUGCAAAGAUUGGUUAUUGCAUUGCAGCAAAGAUGAAUUUUGGAACACAAUUAAAAACUGGAAAGAUAUUAACAAUGUACUGGAAUUUAAACCAGAAGCUUCUGGCUGGUUAGAACUUGAAUCAAAUGCCAUACAUAAAUUUGCAUAUUAUUGGAAUAAAGUUUUGCAUAAUUCAAAUUUAUCAUUUCAGCCAAAUAUUAAGCUUAAACUUAAGAGUUUACGAUGUUUACCAAAUGGGAUAUUUGUUGUAUUCACAGAUACAUUAUCAGAACUUUCAAACUUUUCUCCUGCCAUUGUAGAUGAUCAUUCUCAAUGUGUUCGUCAUGAAGAUUUGAAGCUAUUUGAUCCAUUUUACUUACCAUUAUGGGGAGCAUAUUUAAAAAGUAAAAUGGAUGUCAAAGAUUUAAUUAUGAUUGCACAGCAAAAAUUGCUUGGUGGGAAUAAAAUUGAAACUUGGCAAAACAGAAUAUAUCCUACAGCUGAUUUGGCAGUGCUUUCUUCACGGUUAUCUUUAUCAAUUUCACCACAAUCUAAGAUUGCAUCUGAGUUGGUGGCAGGACAUAUGGCUCUUUGUUCAUAUGUUUCUCCUGAUAGACAGAGAUUGUAUAUUGGGUAUUCAUCAGAACCAAUUCUUGCAGAAGCUUCAGCAAUACUAAUGUCAGAUAUAAAAAAUUACAGCCGUUUGCUUAAGACUUUAUGUAAUUCUGUUGAAGAUGGAAUAGUUGAUGCUGGUUUUUGUGGAGAGCUUGUUGCAAAACUUUUGCUGCUUAGGGCAUGGGACAAAUGUUGCAAUUUACAGAUAGAACCAAUGACAAAGUAUGCAAUUCCAAUAACUGUUAAAGAUUUUUUGCUCUCAUUACUUGGAGAAAAAAAUUAUCAAAUGGCAUUUUCUGACCUAGAUGAGAAUUUGGCAUCUGGUAUACUAUUCUUUAAUCAUUUUUAUGGGCUGGAAUACACACCAGACAAAACAGUAUUGCUCAAAAUGUUCAGACGUUGUGCUGCUAUUGUUGGAAUGCCAGGUCAAUAUGGAUGGGAUUUGAUGAUACCAAAAAGACAAAAGGAUUCAGAAUGGCCUGCUUCAGCAACAACAAAAAUGAAGUGGCCAGAGAUUGUGGAGAGUGAAAAAGACAUUGAUUAUGUUAGUGAUAUAUACACUCCUUAUAUAUCUCUCUAUUUCCAACUUGGAGCACCUAAAUCAGAGAUCAUCAAACAUUAUAGUACAUAUUCAUCCACUCGAUCUUCACGUAAUAAUCAAUAUUCUGUGUUGCUAUUUGGAUUUACAAAGGAUACAUUUGAUUGUCUCAAAGACCUUGAGCAAGAUACCAUAAGCUGGUUACAGGAAUUGUUGAUACAUCAUACAAAUCUGAUGUCUUUUAAACAAACAGAAGAGCAAAAAGAGUUAGUCAGGCAUAUCUAUCCUG